AUGGGAGCUUUCUUUACCUUGUUGACCUCUGCUGCUGUCAUCCUCCUAGUAAUUCCUGGAGGUUUAUGUGUGGAUAUAAUUGGAGGAGCUGAAGUAAGACCACACUCAAGACCGUUUAUGGCCCUAAUCUUACGAAAUGAAGGACUACCUAUUUGUGGAGGAGCUUUGAUCAAACCAAACUGGGUGUUAACAGCUGCCCACUGUCCUGUCAGCAGGGACAAAGUUAUUCUUGGAGCUCAUUCAAUAAAAAGAAAAGAAAAAGAAAAACAGUUUUUUAAGAUUGCAAAACAAAUUCGCUAUCCAUGCUACUGGCCAGAAAGUAAGGAACAUGACCUUAUGCUGCUGCAGCUUAAGGGAAGAGCAAAAUUGAAUAAAGCUGUGAAACUCAUUGACCUGCCUACCUCCAAUGAUGAUCCCAAGCCAGGAACAGUUUGUAGAGUAGCAGGAUGGGGACGAACUCAAAAUCAUUCCAGAAAGACUUCUGAAACCCUGAGGGAAGUCAAUGUCACUAUCAUCAGCAGAGAAACCUGCAAUAGUGAAAAAUAUUAUCGGAACAACCCUACUAUAACAGACAGGAUGAUAUGUGCAGGGUCUGAGAAAGGCAAAAGGGACUCAUGUGUGGGGGAUUCAGGUGGACCUUUAGUAUGUAAUAAUGUAAUGAGAGGCAUCACAUCUUUUGGGAAAAAAGAUAAGUGUGGUGCUAUUGGUGCUCCUGGUGUCUACACUCGCCUCACAAAGCAAUACGUUCAGUGGAUAAAGAAAACCAUAGGGGGAGACUUGUAG